AUGGGUGAGCUUUCCACUGUAAUCAUCUCAUCACCAAAAGCAGCUAAGGAGGUGUUGAUGACACAUGAUCUUAGUUUCGCACAAAGGCCUACCUUUCUUGCUGCUGACAUUUUCCCAAAUGCUCGUUCAGGUCUUUUUUCCUGUCCCUUUAACGAUUACUAUAAACAAAUAAGAAAAAUUUGUACCCAAGAACUCCUAGGCGCUCAGCGUGUCCAAUCCUUUUGGUCUGUAAGAGAAGAGGAGGUAUCAAAUCUUAUUGAAUCCAUUUCCUCGUCCCAGGGACUACCCUUUAAUCUCAGCAAGGGUUUAUUGUCUUUGGCAAAUAAUACAAUUUCUAGGACAGCCUUUGGAUCAGAAAAAAGCAAAAGUCAAGAUGAAUUCAUACAAUUGGUCAAGGAGAUGAUGACGCUUAGUCAAGGCUUCAAUGAUAUGAUCGACGAUCAUAAGAAGGAAAUGAUGCGCAAUGAUUUCCCACACAAGGAAGAUCUCAUUCAUGCGUUUCUAAAACUUCAGAAGUCCAGCGAGACCCAAAUGGAUAUCACAACCACGCAAAUUAAAGCUGUCAGUUUGGACCUCUAUAUUGGAGCGGGUGAGAGUACAGCAAUCACCUUAGAAUGGGCAAUAUCUGAGCUGCUAAAACACCCAAGAGUAAUGGAGAAGGCACAGGCUGAAGUGCGGCAAGUCCUGAGAGGAAAGUGGAAACUGGAAGAGACUGACAUCCAGAAGCUAGAUUACGUAAAAUCAGUCAUCAAAGAGACUUUAAGACUAAAUCCCCCUGUGCCCUUGCUCAUAAGAGAGUGCAGGGAAAGAUGCAAAGUAGGUGAAUAUGACAUACCAGUUAAAAUGAAAGCUAUAGUGAAUGCGUGGGCAAUAGGAAGAGACCCAGAAUGUUGGAUCAAUGCCGAUAACUUCCAGCCGGAGAGGUUUCUUGGUUCUUCUAUUGAUUUUAAAGGAACCGACUUUGAAUAUAUUCCAUUCGGAGCUGGGAGGAGGAUAUGUCCUGGCCUACCAUUUGGUGCUGCAACUCUUGAGAUUGCACUUACGCAACUGCUGUACAACUUCGAUUUGGAACUUCCAAAUGGGAUGAAACCAGAAGAACUUGACAUGACCGAGGCUGAUGGUGCGACCAGUAGGAGAAGGAAUGAUUUGUACGUGAUUGCCACCCGCCGUACUCCUUUUCUUACUUGA